AAAAAAAAAAAAAAAAAGAGAAGAGGCUGAAGCGUCAAAACAUAAACAGAGCAGUUCAACCUUGCGUGAACGCAGCUAGCUCACCUCACACAAGUCUGCCUCUCUUCUUUCUUUUUAUAUUUAAUUUUAAUUAUUAUUAUAAUUAUCAUUAAUAUAACAACAGAGGCGGCUUUAUGCACGCGCUCCUCAUGUCGUGCGCUCCCCUGCAGGCUCGAGGCUCUUAGCUCGGUUUGUGAAGCUCGAGCUCGGACGGAAUAAAUAAAUCUGCGGGGAAGAUUACAGCUCUGAGCCCAGGACAAGUCCGCCUCGUCGGGCCUUCGAGUAAGAGAGGUUCUCCCUCGGCUCGACGCAGGACAAAGGAGACAGGAUGGCAGAGUCUGACGGCAAAUCCACUGUGCUGAACGGUGGCUCUGAAGAGAAAGAACCCGGAGAAGAUCAUCACGAGGAGGAGGCCGAUGCCUCCGGAAGCAAAGAGGAACAAACACAGUCUUCCUCUCAAGAUGCACCCAAAGAAACUGGAGAGACGUCCGGAGACAAGCCUAUGCCGGACGCGGAGACGGAGGCGAACAGAGACGGGGAGGAAGACGACAACGAGGAGGAGGAGGAGGAAGACACAGACAGCAUGGACGGCAGCGGUCUUUACUCCCUGACUGAGGACGGCGAACGAGAGAGCGAGGGAGGCAGACGGGAGAGGGCGAAGGAUAAAGAUGGCGGGAAAAGGGCAGCCAGGAAGAGGAACCGACCAGGCGGCGGCACCAAUCACUCCACCAGCUCGGAUGAGGAUGACGACGAGGACGAGGAAGAGGAGCAGAAGGAUGACGACGAAGACGACGACGAGGCCAUGGAGGCGUGGCUCGGAGCGGAGCUCUGCGACCUGCGCGGCCCCGAGUGGCGGGCGGUGCCCUCGCUGCGCUCCAGGGAGAUCGGCAGGGACUCGCACCAGUUUGUGAGGCGCGUGUGCGGGGCCCGCGGUCUCGUGCAGAGGCUGGAGCUCCAGGGGCGGCUGGAGAAGCACACGGGCUGCGUCAACACGUUGCACUUCAACCCCUCGGGCACGCGCCUGGCUUCGGGCAGCGACGACCUGCGAGUGGUGAUCUGGGACUGGGCUGUUCGCCACGCUGAGCUGGAGUUUGACAGCGGCCACAAGAGCAAUGUCUUUCAGGCGAAGUUCCUGCCUCACAGCGGAGACUCCACCUUGGCCAUGUGCGCUCGAGAUGGUCAGAUCAGGGUGGCCGAGCUCUCCGCCACGCAGCGCUGCAAGAACACCAAGCGGGUAGCACAGCAUAAAGGGGCUGCACACAAGCUGGCUCUUGAGCCAGAUUCCCCCUGCUCCUUUCUGUCUGCUGGAGAGGACGCUGUGGUGUUUGGUAUUGACCUGCGUUUAGACCGUCCCGCCAACAAACUGGUGGUCGUAAAAGAAGGUGAUAAAAAAGUAGGGCUGUACACCAUCUUCGUCAACCCGGCGAAGACACAACACUUCGCUGUGGGUGGAAGAGAUCAGUAUGUGAGGAUCUAUGACCAGAGGAAGAUUAAUGAGAAUGAUAACAACGGGGUGCUGAAAAAGUUUUGCCCUUCACAUCUGGUAUCCAGCGAGUCCAAAACCAACAUAACCUGCCUUGUGUAUAGUCAUGACGGCACAGAGCUCCUGGCCAGUUACAACGACGAGGACAUCUACCUGUUUGACUCCAACCACAGCGACGGGGCCGACUAUCGCAGGAGAUACAAGGGACACCGCAAUAAUGCCACAGUGAAGGGGGUGAACUUCUACGGGCCGUGCAGUGAGUUCGUGGUCAGCGGCAGUGACUGCGGACACAUCUACCUGUGGGACAAGUACUCCGCCCGCAUCGUUCAGUUUAUGGAGGGCGACAGAGGAGGAGUGGUGAACUGUUUGGAGCCACAUCCUCAUCUGCCGGGUAUGGCCACCAGCGGGCUGGACCACGACAUCAAACUGUGGGCCCCCACAGCUGAGAGCCCCACAGGACUGAAGGGUCUAAAAGAGGUGAUGAAGAAAAACAAGCGAGAGCGCGACGAGGACAGCGUGCGCCACGGCGACCAGUACGACACCCAGCUGCUGUGGUUCCUGAUGAGACACAUGAGGAACAGGCGGCCCCCGAGGGCCCGCCGUGAGGGCGGAGAGGCAGACACAGAUGAAUCCUGGAGCUCUCCAGACUCCUCUGACGAAGAGGAAGGAGGUCCGGACCACGUCCAGUGCAUGUCCUCCUGAGCCACACAUACAUAUUCAGACACACACACACACACACACGUACAUGCAUACAUACACUUUAUUGCCCUUGAAUUGAUGCACAUAGGCAAGCACUAUUGACACACUGGCAAAACACUGACGAGCCACAGACUUGUUUUUUUCUUUUCGUUUUUUUUUUUCUUCAUACACAUACAAACUGAAACACACACACACACACACACACACUUACUUAAACAUAGUUUUUGAAGCAGAGUGACAGAGAUGCUUACCGCCUGGUUUUCCCAGCAGUUGUGCGACUACAGACUGCAUACACACUUCCAGAAUCCAGAUUUUUUUUUCUUGUACAAAAAAAGUGCUUACAUCCCUAUAAACCACUCGGAGGGCCCCCCCCCCUGCUUGUCCAUACAUUAUCUAUAUGCGCUGCCUAACCCAACCCCACCACCACCUCCCCCACCCCAGAACAACGUACUGUGCAUGUAUGGCAACAAGCAGAUCCUCUUUAGUCGCCCCCGUAGGAAGCUAUACAGCACCAGCACCCCCCUCCCUCCCCUCCCUCUCUCUCUCUUGGUAACGCACUUCUUGCUCUCAAGCUUUCUGAUGAAAGAGGGGUUCAGCAGGGAGGACGGGGUGUAGUAUGGUACCCUCAAACUAUCCCCUGAAUGUGACUUUAUUUGAAGAUCUGAACUUGUAGAGGGGAAGCCCCAGCGCCCCCCCUCUCCCCAAUCUCAUACUGAUUUCUGGCCGUGAGCUUGUGCAGCUAGUCGCAUUUAUCACCGUGUUUUUUUUUCUCUCUCUCUCUCUGAGGACUACUAAAAAUCCCUACAUGCUGCAUCACCCUACAUGCUGCCCUCAGCUACUCCCUCCCCUCCUCUUCCCAUCAUCUCCUCCUCCUCUUCCUUCUCCUCCCCUCACUACUGAGUGCACUUUGAAUCAGGGAUGCUUUAGUUUGAGACACAGACAAAAACGUGCACUGAGUGUGUGAUUUCAGGCGGAGGGCGAGAGCCGUUGUCGUGUCCUGUAUCUCAACUUGGAGAAUCCACAGUGAAGUUUUAGUUUCUUUCUUUGCAUCUUUUGAGUGGGGGGAUAUUUUUUGCACUUGAGUGUUUUUCGUUUUGUUUUUGACAGAGGAAGAGGAGGUUUUUUUUUUGCUUCCACCAGCCUUUCUUUCUCCUCCUUCCUCUUCUUCCUCCCUCACUCUUCACCCCGACAUCCAUCUUUGACGGGAAAUCUUCACUUGACCUCUCUCAUCGAACAUGAAAACACAAGAGGUAGAUGGCGUUCAGUAUGUGCAUAGGAUAUUGGGGACUGACGUCGGGGCUCUGUAAUCACAAAGAGCCAGAACCGACCUGGAUCAAAUCAGAAUUGAGAGAGACUGUGUGCCAAUCGAGGUUGGACUAAAACACUCACUAAAAAGGAAAAAAUCCUUUUGUGACGCCGACAGUCUCGAAUCAAUUCCUGAAUUUUUUUGAUCCAGGUCGCGUGUUUGCAGCCAAACGUCUGUCUGUGCUGCGUCAAACAGUGACUCGGUGGAAGACAGAGGGAGCAGUAGGGUCAAUAUGCUUGCCAGUCAUUUGUUUGUGUGAGAGCGAUAAAGUCCAGCUUUUCUCAUUUUCUAUGAGAACUCUAGUUAGAUGAAUUUAUAUGUACAUAUAUAAAUAUAUAUUAAAACUGUAAAAAAAAAAAAAAAAAACGAAAAAAAAACAACUUUAGAAAAUGCUGUUUGACUUAAAAAAAAGAAGAAAAAAAAGAUGUCAAAACAUUUGAUUGGUAAUGAUGCAGAGGUUUAUAUUCUAUAUGAGGACUUUUAAAAUCCAGAGGAAAAAAAACGUUGACUCGAGACACCAUUUCUGUUCACUUUUUCCUUUUCUGAAUGACAUCUCUGUUAUGAACAGAACCGCUGUCAUUUCAAGUAUUACAGUUUUGAUUCUCUUUCUUGUUCAAGAAGAUUAAAAAAAACAAAAAACAAAAACAAAAAAAAAACAGAACAGUGUUUUCCUUUCUAGAUCUUAAUCCAUCGUUUGAGACAGUUGUAUCCAGAUUUUCCCACUGGCUAUUUUUGGCAUCUUGUAUACAUAAUAAGGCUUUUGAUGAACAAUUUCUUUUCCACCACUGCCUAAUAUUGCGUUCUACCAGGUCAGUUGGAAAUCUGUACGAUUCGUGCAAUAAACAAAAAGACAGAGUG